AUGUCCUCCAACACACACUGCGUUGCCAUCGACAUUGGCACGUCGAGGGUUCGUGUCGGCGUCUGGCGCAACGGCCGCGUGCAUGUCCUUGCGCUGGACGGCGCCGAGAGUCUUCCCGCGGUCGUAGCCUUUACAGACACACUCACGCUGUUUGGACACCAAGCCAAAGCAUACGCCCAAGACCAUCCAACGAACGUCGUCUCGAACGCCUUGCAGCUUCUUGGUCGCCGUAUGAACGACCCAAUCGUCCAAGCCGCGGUGGCGGGCGCGCCAUUCCGAAUCCGUGCGUCCUCGGACAAGACGCCGCUGAUUUGUGUACAACACCAAAGAAGCGCGUGUACGUACUACCCACAAGAGAUCAUUGCCAUGCUCCUCGAGCACGUCAGAACGUCGGCCGAAUGCCACCUCGGCUCGUGUCUCGACCACGCGGUCGUGACUGUGCCGGCAACGUACACGACCAGUCAGCGCCAAGCCAUCGUGGACGCUGCGACAAUGGCUGGGUGGACUGUCGAUCGACUUUUGAGUGCCACGACGGCAGCCGCCAUCGCCCAAGUCCACGCAACCGGUGCUGACAAACGCAGGUUGCUGGUGGUCGACGCCGGAGCGAGCGCGGUCACAGCCUCGGUCGUGACGGCCGAAUACGAUACGUUUACUGCCCACGCAUCGGCGAGCGACAUGCAUGUCAGUGGCUCGGCAAUGGACGCGCGCCUCGCAGCGUACUGUAUGUCUUCGUGGAGGCCUUCGAUCAUAGGCAACGAUUUCGCCUUCUCUGCGUCAACCAAGCAACGCCUCCUUUCCGCAUGCGAAGCUGCGCGCUGUGCUCUCUCGACGACCAACGAGACGCAGUUGUGCAUCCCGCGGCUGUACCGAGACGAGGAUGUGGCGCUUUCUCUCUCGCGCGAAAAGCUCGACGCUUUGGUCGACCAUCUCAUGGACAAAGUCGUCGUCCUUGUCCGCAAGGUCCUCCAGCAAGCAAAGUGCGUCAAAGAUGAUGUGGAAGAUAUCGUCCUUGUCGGCGGCGUCGCGUCGAUGCCGUACUUGCAGUCGACACUCUCCAACGUAUUUUGUGGCAAAACGGUCGCCUGCUUGGCUACGCCGGCGGUGGUCGCGGGGGCAGCGCUCUACGUCGCCAGUACGACCGCAUCGAGCGACUCCGUCGUCCGUCCCAUUGCCAUCCACGACGCGCUCUUGACUCCUAUUUGGGCGGCCGCCGCCGGCCACCACUGGAGAACAGUGUUCAAUGUUCCCGUGCUCUCUGGCACGGCGACCCACACGUUCCAGUCGAAUGGCAGCGGACCCUUUGUUCUGCUCAUGUACGAGGGUGAUGUCGGCUUCAGCGAUUCGAGCCAUCUCCAGGGCCGGUGGCACAUCGAGACCUUGCGCAGCACCCGGUUCAUUGACGUGGCGUUUGUCAUCGACGAAGGCACGGGCGUUCUCCGCGUCGCCGCAUUCGACAAGAGCACGCAGGAAGGCCUCUCCGUGGUCAACUCUGACAGCGCCACGUCACGACGAAAGCUGCAGCACCUUUGCGCUCAAGCGAUGGCGCGGCAUCACAUAGCGCGACAGAAGGUCCUUUUGGCGCGGGCUAAGGCGGCUGCCAACGACUUUACGUAUUCGCUUCGCAGUACGUGGCACAGCGACGAAGCUUCUCGCCACCGCGUUGGAGACCCAUCGAGAGACGAGCUCGACGAUGCGCUCGCAGCGGCCAUCAAGUGGCUUCUUCUGAACCCAAAUGCAACCAUCGAAGAGUACGACGAUGUCCGCGUCCAGCUGGAGACUGUGAGCCGCCGCGUGUUGGCGCUAGCCGCGGAACCUUCGUGGAUGCUGCCCGAGUAGAAAAACCUGCGGUUGGCAUGUCCCAAUUGUCUUGCAUGGCAUCGUCCAAGCGUCAUGUCAUAUGACAUACCGGGAAGUAGAAUGGUCAAUUCGUCUAGAUAAGUAUAACAUGUAUCCGUACGCAGCUCA